AUGUCGAAGUCCACCGGUAGCCGCAGUGGCAAGGAUCGUGCUGAGCCAGAGACUUCGAGGCAUGACAGCAAUGAAGAGAAUAUGUUUUCACUGGAGAUGAUGGUGGCGGCACUGCGUCUUGUUGCUGAACAGCGUGCUACUGAACGCAACGUGCGUCGCCAGCAAGAGCAGGAGGAUGUCGGCUGCAACUCCAUAUCUUCAGUAGUUCGUGACCGAUCCCCCAGCAUCACCACGGUCUCUUCUAUCGCAUCGACCUCCACCGCACACAAUGCCUCUGUCCUGGUCACCACGGAGUCGAGCAGCAGCAGCCCAAGUAGCCCACGCACCCACGAGGCUGAAUAUGCUGGCUUCCAGCACGUUAAUGCUGAGGAGAGGCCUGAGCGCAAUCGUGAUGAGGCUGGGCCCAUAGUGGCCUUCGAGCAGCCGCCUUCAACGCUCAGAGUGUUUGCUGGGUGGCCAAAUACGUCUCCUCUCGUCACCAAUGUGCCGGGAUCCCUGUUCCAGAGGUACCCCACAUUCAAUGCUGCCCUCAAUGCUUUCAUGGAGGCCUCUACAAAUGGGCACGUUGCCGUCAUCUUUGUCUGA